AGUACGAACAUUAACAUUAGUACGAAGAGGUGACAUAACUUGCAAAGCACCCUUUAUGUAUAUAAACAAUUAACAAUACAAAACGAAAGUAUGGUGGCGGUUAUGUAUUUCCGAUCUUGAGUGGAGCUCCACUCGCCCCUAUAGAGGUGACGUAAUUUUUCGGGAAAGUGUUGCCCGGACCAACAUGGCGGCCGCGACCCUCUUGCUAUGACGUCCACUUCGCAGCGCACUAACUGUCGAGUGGAACACGCCCCAAAGUCACACACGGAAAAGAUCUGAAACGAAACUAACCCUGUGUGUUUAAAUCCGAAGACUGUAUUCUGUGAUAAUUACCAUAUAAAGGUCUUAAAUCAGGAGAAAGAGGUGGAGAACACAGCUCCAAAAUGAGUCACUGCAAGGAGAGGAAGGAGAAGAAAGAAGAGUAUGGUGCAGGACCCAGCUGUGUGUCAGUGAAGAGUGAUCAGUCCAUGCGCAACCCCAAUAAUUUCAGUGAUGGAGCAGUGACCUCUGACCUCAGGUCUGUGCCGUCCUCUACAUCCCACUAUCAGACCCACAUCAUGGAGGACAAAACUGAAGCAGUCCUUCAGACACACACACUGGAGACAGGAGACCUGCAGAGAGUCAAAGACCAGCAUAAAACCAGCAUGAAGAACAAGUAUGAGAGAUUAUUUGAGGGAACCAAACUCCAAGAGAAUGAAACCCUCCUGAACAGGAUCUACACACAGCUCUACAUCAUAGAGAGAGAGAGAGAAGGAGUGAAUGAAGAACAUGAGGUUUUACAGAUGGAGAAAACAUCCAGAACACAACACUCACAAGAAACUCCAAUCAACUGCAAUGACAUUUUUAAAGCCUCAUCUGAACCAGGAUCUGAGGAGAAAGAGCAGAUCAAGACUGUUCUUACUAAAGGCAUCGCUGGAAUCGGAAAAACCGUCUCUGUGCAGAAGUUCAUUCUGGACUGGGCCGAGGGAAAAGCCAAUCAGGAUGUAGAUUUCAUGUUUGUGCUUCCAUUUCGAGAGCUGAACUUGAUCCGAGAUCAUCAGUACAGUCUUCACAGACUUCUUCUGGACUUUCAUCCUGAACUUCAAGAUCUGGACUCACAGAUUUAUGAUGAGUGUAAAGUUGUGUUCAUCUUUGAUGGUCUGGAUGAAAGCAGAAUCACACUGAUGUUUUCAGAUGAUCAGAAAGUUUGUGAUGUGACUGACACUUCAUCAGUGGCUGUGUUGAUGUCAAAGCUGAUGAAAGGAGAGCUGCUUCCCUCUGCUCUCAUCUGGAUCACCUCCAGACCAGCAGCAGCCAAUCAGAUCCCCUCCAAAUACAUCCACCGUCUGACAGAAAUUCAGGGAUUCACUGAGCCUCAGAAGGAGGAAUAUUUCAGGAAGAGAAUCAGUGAUGAGCAUCAAGCCAGCAGAAUCAUCUCACACAUCAGAAGAGCAAGAAGCCUCCACAUCAUGUGCCACAUCCCCAUCUUCUGCUGGAUCUCAACCACUGUGCUUCAGAAGCUCCUGGAAGAAGAUCUGACAGCAGAAAUCCCUCAAACUCUGACUGAAAUGUACAUCCACUUCCUGCGGAUUCAGAUCAACAUGAGGAACCAGAAGUAUGAAGAGAGAGAUCCAGAGAAACAACUGCAGUCCAACAGAGAAGUGAUUGUGAAACUUGCUGAAGUGGCUUUCAAACAGCUGAUGAAGGGCAAUGUGAUGUUCUAUGAGGAGGACCUGAUUGAGAGCGGCAUACACAUCACUGACGCCUCAGUGUAUUCUGGGAUUUGCACUGAGAUCUUUAAGGAGGAAACUGUGAUUCAUCAGAGGAAAGUCUACAGCUUCAUUCAUCUGAGCGUUCAGGAGUUUCUCGCUGCAUUAUACGUGUUUUACCAUUAUGUAAUGAUGCAUAAAGAUACAUUGCAGUUUUGUGAUAUAAUGCAUAAUCUGCAUAGAGAUGCAGUAGACAGAGCCCUUGAGAGUGAGUAUGGCCAUUUGGAUCUGUUCCUGCGGUUCCUGCUGGGCAUCUCACUGGAGUCCAAUCAGAGACUCUUACAGGAUCUACUGACACACACAGAGAACAGCUCAGAGAGCAUCAGGAGAACCACACAGUACAUUAAAGAGAAGAUCAAAGAUGGACAUGGACUCUCCACUGAAAGAUCCAUCAAUCUGUUCCUCUGUCUGCUGGAAGUGAAAGAUCAGAGUCUGUCCAGAGAGAUUCAGGAGUUUGUGAAAUCAGACAAACACUCAGAGAAGAAACUAUCUCCUGCUCACUGCUCAACAAUCACCUACAUGCUUCAGAUGUCAGAGGAGCCACUGGAUGAGCUGGACCUCAAGAAAUACAACACAUCAGAUGAGGGCAGAAGAAGACUGAUACCAGCUGUGAUCAACUGCAGAAAAGCCCUUCUUGCUUGCUGUAAUGUCACUGCUCAGUCCUGUACCAUUGUGGCAUCAGCCCUACAAUCCUCAAACUGUGUCCUGAGACAUCUGGAUCUGAGUAACAAUGACCUGCAUGAUUUAGGAAUGAAGCUGAUCUCUGAUGGUCUAAAAAAUGCAAACUGUCAACUGGAGAUACUGAGGUUGUCGGGCUGUAUGGUGACAGAGGAAGGCUGUGGUUAUUUGUCUUCAGCUCUGAGUUCAAAUCCCUCACAUCUGAGAGAGCUGGAUCUGAGCUACAAUCACCCAGGACAAUCAGGAGUACAGCUGCUCAAACACAAACUGGAUGAUACAAACUAUAAACUGCAGAUACUCAAUUUGGACUUUGGAGGACAUUUCAGAAUCAAACCAGGACUGAGAAAAUAUGCCUGUAAUCUCACACUGGAUCCAAACACAGCACACACUCAACUCGUCCUGUCUGAAGACAACAAAAAAACAACAUGUGUGAAAGAUCAUCAGCAGUAUCCUGAUCAUCCAGACAGAUUUGCACAACAGGAGCAGGUCAUGUGUAAAGAGAGUCUGACUGGACGCUGUUACUGGGAGGUUGAAUGGAGCGGCUCUGGUCAUGUAGCAGUGACAUAUAAAGAAAUCAGCAGGAAAGGUGGGAUUGAAUGUUGGUUUGGACUCAAUGAAAAAUCCUGGAGUAUGUAUUGUUCUGAUAUUAAUUAUACUGUCUGGUACAAUAACAACAGCACUGAUGUAAUUGGCCCUUCAGCCCGCUCUAAUAGAGUAGGAGUGUAUGUAGAUGUGUUGGCCGGCUCUCUGUCCUUCUACAGUGUCUCUGACACACACACACUCACACACAUAUACACAUUCAACACCACUUUCACUGAACCCCUCUAUGCUGGAUUUGGGGUUUAUCCUGAAUCUUCUGUGUCUCUGUGUCAGAUCUAACAACCUAUUGUUAAGAACCACAGACACACAGGAAAGAAAAUAAAAAGUUAUUGCUAUUUUAUAUCUUACAAUUGCAACUUUCUUGAUAUUGUGUAAUUUAAUAGUCAGAAGUACGAGAAAUAGAUUUGCAAUUGUAAGAUGAAGUCAGCUUGUAUAAGUUUACAGUGUGAGAUACAAAGUUGCAGUUAUGAGUAGUUGCAUUUCCAAUACUUAGAUUUUUAUUGUAAUAUAUAGUCAUAAUUACCAAAGAAUCCCACUUUUCAGAAAGUCACCAUUGCACGAAAAUGAAUUAAUCAAAUUUGGCAUACAGUUUACAUGGAUAUUAAUAAUCAAAUAGCUAAUUAAAUGCAGAGUGCUGUGAAUUUGAAGUUGCAAGAUAUUCUGGGUUUCAGUGUCAUUCAGUGUAUCAACAAGGUUUUACUUUAAUGAGCAAUAACUUCCCUUUAAUGUGGAAUUACUUCCACAAGUGCAAAUAAAAGAUGUGAUUGGUUGGACUUUCUGUCACAUUGUCAAUGUAACUGAUAUGGAAAUCAUAUUGUUAAAUUGAGUAGAAUUAACUUAACAUUUGGUCAAACCUGUAUAGGAGUGUUUUUACCUUUGAGUCAUAAAGUUUUUAUUUGCUGUGUUGGCUCUUCACUUUUGAUCAAAGCUGUUCUGUAGAAACACUCUGGGCUAUUCAUUUGGUGUGAUCUUUUUCAAGCUCUUGUAGAUGUCACUGUAUCAGAGGAUCCACAGACUCAGUUUCAUCCUGCUGGAUUGUAGAUCAGCGUUUUCUCUUUGUUCAGUAUCAUAGUUAAAAUAAUUGUUAAAUGAGUUAUGUGCAACACUGAUACUAUGCAUUUCUGAAUUAGUUUUAUUUGCCAUGAGUUUUAUGUAAUGAAUUAUGUUAGCUAAAGCUAUAAUCUAAAAUGUGCAUAGUAACAUCUAAAUUAAAUAUCCAAAUUAAUAAUUAUUGAAUCAAGCUUAUUUGAUGAGGUUGGAAGUGAAAGUUACUUUUAAGCAUCAGAUCAGGUGUAAAUGUCUCUUUAUUAUGAAAGCUGCACAGUUUAAUACUGGGAUACUGGUUUUCUUCAAUAAAUCUUUAUACAUGGUCACUCU